AUGGUCGACAUGAGAAAACAGCAAUACGAAGCACACCUGGGCACCAUACCAUACUACGAGCUCUACAAGAUCUAUGCGGGACGACCGCCCAUCCCACCUGCUCAGCUGCAUGAACUACGCGUGCAGAUGUCUGCCGCACAAGGCGCCUAUCAGCGAGGCAUAGACGAAGACUGGAAGAACAGUCUGCAACGAUAUCCAGAGGUUCUGGACUACUACUUUAACCUCGUCGAGUUCAAGCUGCCGGGCGAGAAGAGCGUUGCUGUACAAGAACCUGUCUUUGGGGGUCGCGUCGACCCUGAGAUGAAGCGGAGAGAGUCGAAGGGCAAGAAGGGGAUGAUGCAGCCGCCGCCGCCUAUGCCUGGCGGAGCGUUCGUGAUGCAUCCGGGCGGACCGCCGCAUAUGACAGGCCCGGGACCUGGUCGUAUGCCGAUGGGUAUGCGACCCGGUGGCUUCUGA